AUGAAUAAGUUGGAUUCCCUCAGUCCUUUCGAACUGAAAGAUGUGUUGAUCAAGACAGCAGGUGGUGAUGUAACAGUCUUCCGGCCGGAGAAUAGAUCUAUCUUGAAUGCUGGCCCCGGGAAUCCAAACUUUUUAUCAACAGUCCCUCGACAUGGUUUUUUUCAAUUGGGCCUAUUUGCCAUGCGUGAAUCGGAACGAUCAUUUGCUUAUUUACCUGAAGGUGUCGGCGGUUUUCCUAAACGUGAACGAAUCGAAGAACGAUUUGAAUUAUUCGCUCGUGAAAACAAGAAUACCGAUGGUAUCGCUUUUCUCCGUGGUGCUGUCUCCUACGUUCGCGAUCAACUCGGCCUUGAUGCUUCAGAAUUUCUCUACGAAAUGUGUGAAGGUAUACUAGGUUGUAACUAUCCAGUGCCCGAUCGCAUGCUUCCACUCUCUGAAAAGAUUGUUAAUCAUUAUCUACGAAAUGAGAUGAUCGGUAAUCAACCUUUCAUCGACAAAUUCGAUCUAUUUGCAGUCGAAGGUGGUACAGCAGCGAUGACUUACAUCUUCAAUUCAUUACGUACUAAUUAUCUACUCAAACCCGGUGAUAAGAUUGCACUGGGUGCACCGAUCUUCACACCUUAUCUAGAAAUUCCACAUAUGAGCGAUUAUCGACUCGAAGUCAUCGAUAUCAAUGCUGAUAAAGAUCGAAAUUGGCAAUAUCCAAAAACCGAAUUAGACAAGUUACGUGAUCCGACGAUCAAAGCUUUCUUUCUUGUUAAUCCAUCGAAUCCACCUUCGGUUAAGCUUGACAAUGAGAGUCUUAUUUAUAUUGCAUCAAUCGUCGCUGAACGUCCUGAUUUAAUCAUUCUCACAGAUGAUGUCUACGGUACAUUUGCUGACGAUUUCGUUUCACUCUUUGCUGUAUGUCCUAGAAACACAAUCCUCGUCUAUUCAUACUCGAAAUAUUUUGGUGCAACAGGCUGGCGUCUCGGUGUCAUCGGAACACAUCGUGACAAUGUUCUCGAUACUCAGAUUGCUGCGCUAGACGAUGAAAAACGAAUCGCUCUCCGGAAACGUUAUCAAUCAAUCGUACCGGAUCCGGAUUCGCUGAAAUUCAUCGAUCGAUUAGUAGCUGAUAGUCGUUCAGUAGCACUGAACCACACAGCUGGCUUGUCCACACCUCAACAAGUCCAGAUGGUUCUCUUCUCUCUCUUUGCACUUAUUGACACGUCGGAUUCAUAUAAAACAGCACUCAAGCGACUUAUACGACAUCGUAAACGCGCACUCUAUCGUGCUAUUGGUAUUAGUUUGGAUGAUAAAGAAGAAGAUGACACUGGCGUUGAUUAUUACAGCAUUCUUGAUCUUGAAGAAAUUGGAGAACGUAUUCACGGACGUAAAUUUGCCGAAUGGUUAAUUUCUCAUAUAAAUGCGACGGAUUUGUUACUUCGACUUGCUCGCGAAGCUCAUGUCGUCCUUCUGCCAGGUCAAGGCUUCGGUGUUCAACAUCCAUCAGGUCGUGUAUCUCUUGCUAAUUUGAACGAAGCCGAUUACAAACGGAUCGGACAAGCUGUACGAACUCUCAUGGAAGAAUAUGUCGAACAAUACAAUACUGAAUGUCCUGGUGAAUCUUUGUCGAAAGGCAAAGUAUCUAGCAAAAACUUUUCAUCACUUUUGUUCAAACGUUUCAGUUUUCCUUUUCUCACAAAUCUCUCGAUCAUCGCUUCUUCCAUUCCAAAUAUUAGUCAUUCAACCAGACAUUCAACCGGUGACCAUCCACAUAGUGAAGAACAACUUUUCGGUAAAAUACUUCCACAUCAAGACAAUUUGCCAUUUGUUCAAAUAUAG